GACUUUUCCUUCAAACAUAUUUCUACUUCAAAUUCGUAAAUUUCUCGUUUUCAGAUAUGAGUGCUUCUAAGUCUUAAGUUUUUUUUAUACUUUGAAAAUUUGUUGUGCAAAAGAAAUAGAGAACUCGCUGAUGAAAUGAACAGGCAGACCAAAGAAUGGUCUCGAGCUCGACUUUGUAAGCCCAAGGACAAUCUUACAACCGAGGCGGGAAACCGGGAACGCUUUGUGCCAUCUUGCGAACUUGAGUGCACCCCAAUAUCGAUGGCUCGUCUAAUUGGCUGGGAAUACGCGCGGAUUUGGCUACGCGAUCGCGACAAAUUUAUCCAGCAGCGUGAACGCGCUGUCAAAGCUAAAUUUAUCAAGAACGACUUUGAGUGGUGGUUGAAGCUGCGCAAGACACCCAAGAAGUUCUGCAAAGUUGGGGCAUAAAUUAAAAAAAAAUAUUAGAGAAAUUAAAUCUGACACGGACACUUCUAAAAUGAAACAUUGAAACUU